AUGGCGAGCCCCGAGGUCAACAAGUCCAGAGUCGACGAGGCAGAUCACCUAUCCGAUCGAUCUCCCUCGACGGACGAAAAGCUCUACGAGGCCGGUGUUCCGGUCCCGGUCGUCCACAUCCCAGAUCCCGACGAGGGUUUGAGUGACGAAGAAAGGAAGAAGAUUGACCGGGCAUUACUAUGGAAGUUGGAUCUGAAACUCCUCCCGUGGCUCACCCUUCUGUACCUCAUUUCCUUCCUCGACCGAACCAACAUCGGCAAUGCGAAAAUCGACGGUCUGCAAGAGGACCUGAACAUGUCCGCCAACCAAUACAACCUCACCCUGACCAUCUUCUUCAUAUCGUACUCGAUUUUUGAACCGUUGACUCAGGUGCUGUUGAAGCGUUUCAAGCCUUCGGUCUUCCUCCCCGUCAUCAUGUUCCUCUGGGGCAUUUGCAUGACUACCAUGGGUCUGGUACACAAUUUCUCCGGCCUCAUGGCGGCACGUUGGUUCCUCGGUCUGACGGAGGCCGGUCUAUUCCCUGGUGUCAAUUACUACUUGAGUUGCUGGUACAGGCGAUCCGAGUUCGGUAUUCGCGCCGCGAUAUUCUUCAGCGCCGCGGCUCUCGCCGGUUCGUUCGGUGGCCUGCUCGCUGCGGCCAUUGUCAACAUGGACGGCGUAGGCGGCAAGCCAGGUUGGGCGUGGAUUUUCAUCCUCGAAGGCCUUUUUACUGUCGUCAUUGCAGUCAUCAGCUUCUGGAUGGUCCACGAUUUCCCCGACGAGGCCAAAUUUCUUUCCGAAGACGACCGUCGUCGAGUGAUCCGCCGAUUGAAGCUCGACCAGCAGUCCAGUGCCGAGCACGAGGAAUUCAAACUCGACUACUUGUGGGCCACCUUGAAGGACUGGAAGACGUACACGGGGAUGAUAGUGUACAUGGGUGCCGACGGCGCGCUGUACAGCUUUUCGCUCUUCUUGCCCACCAUCAUUUCGCAAAUGGGUUACAAGAACGUCCACGCCCAACUUCUGAGUGUUCCGCCAUACGCUGUCGCGGCCGUCGUGACCAUCUUUAUCGGCUUCUUGGCCGACAGGACCGGAAAGAGAGGCUACUGCAACAUCGGGGUGGCAGUUUUCGGCAUCAUUGGGUUUUCUAUGCUGUUGGGAUCGGGCACGCCACACGUUCAAUACGCAGGCACUUUUCUGGGCGCCAUGGGGAUCUAUCCGUGCAUAGCCAACACCAUCACGUGGACCGCCAACAACGUCGAAGGCGUGUACAAACGUGGUAUCACUUUAGGUUUUGUGAUCGGAUGGGGAAACCUGAACGGUAUCGUCUCCUCCAACAUCUACCGAGCCAAAGACAAGCCGCGGUUCAAGCCCGGCCACGGAGUCGUUCUCGGGUACGAGACGGUGUUCCUCUUCGGAGGCAGCAUUCUUCAGCACGUCUUGCUCCGCAGGGAGAACGCCAAACGUCGCGCCGGAAAGCGUGAUCACUGGAUCCAAGGCAAGACCGAGGCCGAGAUUGAGAAACUGGGAGACAAGAGGCCGGACUUUAUGUAUACUUUGUGA